AUCCCAUCUCAACAAAAAACCAAACCAAACCAAAACAUCCAUCUAUCCAUCAUCAAACAGAACGAACCACUUGCGAAUUAUAACGACAUAAAUAUAUAGCAUCAGUCUGAAAAGAAAAGCAGCGCUAAUCAAUCGUCCAAUCUCUAGUCCUCUGAUCUGAUAACUGCCGUUAUCAUAAACUUCAGAGUGUCACAAUAGUAGUCACACUAUCCCACUCCCGAUUUGCUAGGCCAACUGGAGAAAUGUUGCAAGCCGCCCAACCCCAAGUCCCGGUGUCCGAAAAGCGCGCCGGCCAGAAAGUCGAGAAUGAGAAACUCAGUCUCUCAGUUGCCUCUGAGCCUCCCUCGGUUGCCCCUGUCAAAAUCAGUCAACCAGCCCAGCCCGCACCCGAAACUGAAACCAAGCGAGCGGUCCAAGAGGAAGCGCCGAUCAAACCUACCCCGCCUCCCCUUUUGAUCCUCGAUCUCAACGGCUGCCUCUUACAUCGCGAGUACAAACCCGGCCAUCCUAAGAUCAUUCAUCCCAGACCUUAUCUCGAAGAUUUAUUCCAAUAUGCUCUAAGUCCUCCUGUCGAUCAAGCCAACCAUCGCGGGGGAAGCCAAGAGCGAAACUGGGAAGUCUUGAUCUGGAGUUCGGCCCAGCCUCAGAACGUGACCCUGAUGUGCAAUGCCAUCGAAGUCCAAAAACGCAGCAAAGUCAGUCGCACUAGGGUCCCGAGAGCCCAGGCCAACCAACUCGAGGAUAUUUCGAAUCGUCUGGACACUCUCAACAUCAAUCAGCGCGAGACGGAGCUUGCUAAGAAAGCCGAACCCAUCCCUCGUCGCGUCUUGGACAUCUGGAGCCGAAGCCAGUUAGAUCUCUCCUCCGAGGAUUACAGUCGCAAAGUGGCCACCACUAAAGACUUGCGUAAAGUUUGGGACAGCUUCUCCUGGACCGAUCCUGAAAGUGGCGAAGAGCUUAAAUGGGGUGCCCACAAUACUGUGAUUGUUGACGAUUCACCUGAUAAGCUGUCUCUUCAACCCGACAACCUUUGUAUGGUCAACGAGUUUAGCGGAGAUUCAAGUGAUAAAGCACUCUUAGAGUUGAUCGAGAAACUCAAAUCGUUGAGGAACGAAGCCAACAUUCCCGAGGCUAUCAAGAAACUCAACCAAAAGCCGGCGACUACUUCAUAAAAUGGUUGAUGAUUUGUUGUAGCAUUGAUGAGGACUGAGGGCUCUUUCCCCUUUUCAAUAAUUAAAAAACAGAGAAACUUGUCGCAUCGAUUAAUCCGGGAUGUCUGUGAUAGACGGUGUUUGUUCCACAAUUUACAGGUUUUACUGAUUGAUCAGUCAAUUGCAUGUUGUUGCAUGUACACUUGUUUCCACAUCCAUUUCCGAUUAACAUCCAACAGGCUCUUUUACAAUAGACAUUCAAUGAUAAUGUUAUUCGUGACGUUUACCUGAGAGACUUUGUUCUGCGUAUAAUCUUUCGUACAUAGCAUAAGUAUCUACUGCUGUAACUAUCUGAUCUACAACAUUGAUGCUUUGGGUUAAUUCAGUGGAAACCUGUCGCCUGCUCGUUUACUCUUGUCCCUUCAGAAAAUGUCGGCGGGGUCAAGUACCGCCCAGCCGUCUACAUGGGCAUCACCGG